AUGUCGUCGUCUAAGAUGACUUGGUUCAUCUUCAUUUUGGCUUUCUCCUUCCUUCAAUCCCAAGCUAGUAGAAUACUAGUAUCCAAACCAGCUCCGGCCACCGGCUUUGUCUUCCCUCAAGUCCAAUCCACUGUCCUCCCUGACCCUUCACCAUUCUUCAGCUCAAACCUCCUCCAAACUCCACUCCCCACAAACUCUUUCUUCCAGAACUUUGUACUGAACAAUGGCGACACUCCCGAAUAUUUUCACCCCUACAGCUUCAGAUUCUCCGACUCAUCCCUCACCUUAUCUUAUCCAACCCGUAUCGCAACCUCCGCUUCGAUACUCCAAAACUUCACAGCUGACCUCACCAUCUCCGCCGAACAAACACAAACACAACAACAACAUCAGGUUGUCUCUUCCUUCAGUGACCUCGGUGUCACUUUGGACAUCCCCUCGUCCAAUCUCCGGUUCUUUCUUGUCAAGGGAAGCCCCUAUCUCACGUGCAAUGUGUCCGUUCCCACAGCUCUUUCCAUCUCCACUACUCAUGCAAUCGCCUCACUUUCUUCAGAUACAAAACAGACCAAGCACACGAUCAGCCUCAACAACAACCAGACAUGGCUUCUGUACUCUUCCUCCAAGAUUGGUCUCACCAAAACCAACCCUUCAUUGAUCACAUCCGAUUCAUUUUCCGGCGUUAUAAGGGUUGCAUUGUCGCCAGGUUCUGAUUUUAAGAAGGUUCUGGACCAGUUCAGCAAGUCUUACCCAGUUUCCGGUGAAGCCCUUUUCACGGAGGCGUUUGGUUUGGAGUAUCAGUGGGAGAAAAAAGGGGAUGGAGAGUUGCUUAUGCUGGCUCAUCCUCUCCAUCUCCAGCUUCUUUCUGUUAAGGACAGAAAUGUCACUGUUCUUGACCAUUUCAGGUACAGAAGCAUUGAUGGUGACCUUGUUGGCGUUGUAGGGGACUCUUGGGUGUUGAAGACACAGUCUAUUCCAAUCACUUGGCAUUCCAUUAAUGGUAUCAAAGAGAAAGCAUCAAUCCCAGAUAUAGUUGCUGCUCUUAAUAAAGAUGUUCAGGCUAUAACUUCAACGCCAGUGUCGACAACGGCUUCGUAUUUCUAUGGAAAGACGAUUGCCAAGGCGGCUAGGCUGGCAUUGAUUGCUGAAGAGGUAGGUGCUAAUAAUGUGAUUCCAACCAUUACAAAGUUCUUGAAGAAUGCAAUUGAGCCGUGGUUGAGUGGGACUUUUGAAGGAAAUGGUUUCUUGUAUGAAUCGAAAUGGGGUGGACUUGUUACCAAAAAUGGAGCAGUGGAUGAAGGUGCAGACUUUGGGUUUGGAAUGUACAAUGAUCACCAUUACCACAUUGGUUACUUUCUUUAUGCAAUUUCAGUGGUUGCAAAGCUUGACCAGGCUUGGGGGUUGAAGUUCAAGGAUCAAGCAUAUUCUCUUGCCGAAGAUUUCAUGAACAUAAACAGGCAGCAAAAUUCAAACUAUCCACGUUUGCGAAACUUUGAUUUUUACAAUCUGCAUUCAUGGGCAGGAGGACUAACUGAAUUUGAAGACGGUCGCAAUCAAGAGAGCUCAAGUGAAGCAGUGAAUGGUUACUACUCAGCUGCUUUGAUGGGGCUAGCUUAUGGAGACACUAAUCUCACCGCCACCGGAUCAUUACUUGCAGCACUGGAAAUUCUAGCAGCUCAAAAAUGGUGGCAUGUGCACCAAGGAGACGGCAUCUAUGAGGAUAUCUUUACUAGUCAGAAUAAGAUCACUGGAAUUGUGUGGUCUAAUAAGAGGGACAGCGGUCUUUGGUUUGCUCCUCCAAAUGCUUCAGAAAUCAGGCUUGGAAUUCAGGUUCUUCCCAUUUCGCCUAUCACUGAGGUCUUGUACUCUAAUGUCAGCUAUGUCAAGGAACUAGUACAGUGGACAGCGCCGGCUUUGACUAAGGAAGGAGUUACAGAUGCUUGGAGAGGGUUUGAUUAUUCCUUAGAAGGGAUGUACAACAAACAAGAUGCUUUUCAGAAGAUUAAAAACUUGAGUGGUUUUGAUGAUGGGGACUCACUCACCAAUCUUCUGUGGUGGAUUUACAGCAGAGGUUAGUAUGUACAGGAGCUUGAAAUUUGAAGUUAAAUGCUUAGAUGGCUUGUAUUACUUUGUUAGAAAUGUUAUUUAGAGUUGUGCUACUGUGCUAGUAGCCCUCUCUCCUUUCUCUUGUUCUUCUUUUUCAAUUUUGAUC